UUAAUUGAUACAUAUUUAUCUCAAAUUCAUUCAUCAACUGAAAAAGAUCGUGAAUUUUGUACACGUAUAAUACGUUAUCGUGAAACUUUAUCACAAUCAGUUGAACAAUCUCGAAUAAGUGGUCAACAUCGGCAACGUUUACUUGAUCAAUCUACAACUCUUAAUACAUUAUCAUCAAAUCCAUCUAUAAAACGUGAAGCAUCAUCAGUAAUAUCAGCAACACUACCACAGGCGACAACAGCAACAACAAUACCGACAACAACAGUAAUACCAACAUCAGCACAACAAAAAUCUAAUGGUACAACACUUAUACAAUUACCACUAGCUAAACAAGAUGAAUUGCUAAAUGCUGUUUUAAAAAAAUUACGUCAUGUUAAUUUACCUGAUUUACAAGCUCAAGGUAUUUUACCAUUGGAAUUAUCAUUUGAACAAAAACUUCAAAUACAAAAAUUAGAUAUGCAAAUAGCAGCAUUACCAAUUGAUAAACAACAACAAUUUGCAAGAGGACAAAGAGAACUAGUACCGAAAUAUUUAGCAAAAAAUGCAGCUAGUGGACUUAAUACAACAUCAACAUUAACUGUGAAUCCUCGAACAAAAAUAUUAUUGGGUGCUCCACCUGGUUCCACAACAGUAUCAACAUUAAAUACUACAAAUGGAAAUAUUACACGUUCUUUACGUAUAUCCAGUGCCGAUUUAAUCGGUCAGCAAUUACGUAAAGAUCAAGCACAUGUAUUAAAACCAGACUUUAAAUCUCGUUUUUUAACACGUGGUGAUGCUAUAAAACGUUUAACACGUUAUCAUGUAUUUACUAAACCAGCACCACCAAUUUAUGAACCGACAGAUGAUGAAUGUCGACAAUUUGAUGAAUCAUUUGAAAUUGAAGCAAAACGUUUAUUGACAGCAAGUGAACGUAUUAAUGAAUCUAUAUCACGUUUUGCUAUAUCAAAUGAUCAAUCAAAUAAUGAAUCGUAUGAUAAAUAUUUAUUAGAAAAAAUGCGACUUGAUGAUCUUCGUGAACAGUUAGAAAUUGAAAAAACAGAUUAUGAAACAAGAAAAAGACGUGCUAUCGAUGUUGAAAAUAGACCAACUGCUAUGCCAAUUAUUGAUGAAAUCUCAUCUCCUCCACCUCCUUCAACAUAUGAUUUUCUAUCUAACACCACAAAUUAUAAUCUUGGAGCAGCUAUGUCUGAAGCUGAUUAUAAUGAUUUAUUUAAUAGUGAUCCAUUACCAGAUGAAACCAUACGAUCAACAGAUGAAACACAAUUAGCAAUAAAUUCUAUUGUUGAUUGUGGUGUUAUUGAACAACAUGAAAAUCCUGUCGAUAUAUCAGAUUCAGCAAAUUUUUUCUUUGAUGAUCUUGAUAUUGACAAUCAUCAUCAAGAUAAUAAUCAACCUCAAGAUGAUGAAGCCUCACGUGCCGUCCAAAACUUGCUCGGCUUUUCUUGA